UCAAGAAUCGAAACCCGCCAACAUAACCACCGCAGAUUGCAAAACAAAAAGAUCUAUCCAUCAUCGUAUACUAUCAUAAGCUUUCUGAAAAUGGCGAAAUCAAAGCUCAUUAGCAACGCUAUCUGUCUCGCUUUAGCGAUAACCGCCGCCUUGACUCUCCUCCCUACGCCAACCGAAGCGCUCAUGCCGUACACGCGCUCGCCGUUCCUGGAUUUGAUGUUCCCGCCGGAAGAUCCCUUCAGGAUCCUGGAGCAGUCGCCGCUGACGAUCCCCAAGUCGGCGGAAUCUCUCGCCCUUGCACGUGCCGACUGGAAGGAGACCUCCAGGGAGCACGUGAUCGCCCUCGACGUGCCCGGGAUGAAGAAGGAGGACGUGAAGAUAGAGGUGGAGGAGAACCGGGUGCUGCGGAUAAGCGGCGAGCGGAAGCCCGAGGAGGAGGUCGACGGCGAGAAGUGGCACCGGGCGGAGCGGACCUCCGGGAAGUUCUGGCGCCAGUUCCGCCUGCCCGGAAACGCCGACUUGGAACAGAUAAAGGCGCGUUUGGAGGAUGGGGUGUUGAGGGUUACUGUUCCCAAAGUGGCGGAGGAGAGAAAGAAGCAUACUAAGGUGAUCAACAUCGCCGGGGAUGGCGGCGCCGCCGCCGGAGAGGACAUUAAGGCCACCAAGGCUGACAUGUGAUGAUGAGCAUUUAUAUAUAUGUGUUGAUGGCUACUUUCUUUUUUUAGUGUUCUGUGAACCAUAUGGUUGUGUUCUCUUGUGUUUGAAACGUGAGAUGAGUGGCUGAGACAUUAAUCCAUGUAAAUCUAUCUUUUCUGAUGAAUUUAUAAUAAAUUACAAUGAA